AAGCCGGUUGAGCCUAUCAGAAAGACGCUUCUUCUUCCGCCUCUGUAGUUUGAAACCCUGACGCCCGGCAGCCGCUCCGACCGUUGUCCACAGGCUUAUUCUCAGCUAACAAGUCUGUUCAGAAGUGUCUCGUGGUUACUUUUGAUGUUCAUCAGGCAGCUAUAUCAUCCUGCCAUUUGUUCAUUAAUGAAUUCUUUAUGCUGCAUGGAUGAGUAUGAAGAACUGCUUCAUUAUGUUGUAGUGACUCCAAAGUUUGAAUUGCGCACCCCGAACCAGUCAGAACCUUCCUCAGAACUGAGAGAAAGGGGCAGAUUUUCAAGUGUAACAGAUGACACCAUUUACUGUAAAACUCCAGAUUUAUUGUCAGUGAAGGAGUGUACUGAGGUCAAUAUGGAACAACUUUGCCCUGUUUCAGAAGAGACUUCUUCACAAGAGUCCACACACGUUCCAAGAGAAACUGAUGAAGUCAUAGUAACUGAAUUAACUGUACCUGGUGAAAAAGUUACUCAAAUAGAAAAUAUACUCGAUCUCUGGAGUGGAAGUCUUAAGACAAAUGUUUUGAGUGAAUUGAGGAAAUGGAAAUUAAGUUUUAUCGAACAUCACAAGCAUCAAAUGAGACAAGAAAAAGAGAAACAUGCUGAACAUGUGAAACAGUUGAACAAUGAGGUGGAAAACCUGAAAGAGUUGCUACGUACUUAUGAAAUCUCUAUUGGCAGAAAAGAUGAGGUGAUCACUAACAUGACAGAAGCAUUAGAGAGGAAGAAAGAGAAAAUAGAGUUAAUGAGAAUGUUUACACAGUGGCGGAUUCAGCAAAUUAAAGCUAAACAAGAGGAAUAUGCAAACAGAAUAGCAGAUAAACAGUUCCAGACAUCUUUGAAGAAGAAGGUAUGGGCAGCAUGGCGCUCUCUUAGUGAAGAAAGAUGGAAAGACAAAGUAUCUAAAGCCUGUCAACAAAGGGCAGAAGAUAUCUGUGUUCAGCUUACCAAUAAUUAUGAAGCCAAAAUUGCAGAGCUCACUGCUAAUUUGGAACAAGCAAAAGCUGAGAUUCUGCGUCUGCACAGUGAAAGAGAGCAGUAUGAAGACACUAUGAAGAAAGCAUUUAUGCGUGGUGUUUGUGCUUUGAAUCUGGAAGCAAUGACCAUGUUUCAAGGAAAGGACAAUAGGACAGAUCCUGAUUCAGGAAGUAGGAGAGAAGAUAAUGGUGCCGUUAUAGCAGGAAUGCAACCUCCUGCACAGUACAGUCCCCCUUCACCACCCCCUGCGCCAGCAGCUAGUCUUCAGAUGGAAGACUUGUUUUCUUCCCACCUGGGUCAUGCAAGCACUUCUCAGACCAGGCUGGAUUCUGAUUCUCCAGUAGUCAUCCCUGGCACAGCUGCAGGAUCUGGGCUGGCAUCAACUCAAAAAUUGCCCAUGGCAAAAGUAAUAACAUCUGCUCAACAGAAAGCUGGGAGAACAAUCACUGCUCGAAUCACCGGCAGAUCUGAUAUGGGGCAAAAACACAGAAUUUGUGGUAGUUUAGCAGUGAUGGGAGUUGCACCACCCAUGAGUUCAGUCAUUGUUGAAAAACAUCAUCCGAUCACUCAGCAAACCAUAUCCCAAGCCACUGCAGCUAAAUAUCCUCGAACUGUGUUCCUUGCUUCCAGUUCUGCCACUUCAAGACCUGCAGGACAAGUCGGGCGAAUGCUUCAGAGCCAAACUCACACCAGCAUUCAGUCAAUAAAAGUUGUUGACUGAGUAAAUACCUUCCACUGGUGGAGGUUUUUAUAAAGAUAUGUAAUUUAAACCCGGUUUUUUCAAAGCUUGACAUAGUGAGACCUAACGUGUGUAUCAUGUUUUUAGCCCUUUUAACAAAAGAAGUGUUUGCAGAAAGAAUCUGGAGGGGAAAAUGACCUUGAAAAUGUUAUUCUACCUCCUAUCUGAAAACUUGAUAAUUAAGAUAAACACUUUAUUUAAAUAAACAAUCUUUUGCACAUUUUCAAAUAAAGUAUAAAAUACGC